UUGUUAAAGCACAUAAACAUAGCAACUAGCCACCAGAGCUAACCUAGCUAACUAGCUACCUUCUAAACGAGCUCACUAAAGAAUGUCAGUCAUGUCCAGGUUCGACUACAGUUUGCUCUGUAAUUUCCCGAAAUGUCGAGCCAAACUGAGCGGGUUCGCCUGGGUGACGGCCUGCUCCCAUGUCUUCUGUGAUCAGCACGGCUCUGCAGAGUUCAGCCGGACUCCCGCCAUCUGCCCCGCUUGCUCCUCCACACUGUCGGGAAAGCUGGACAUUGUACGCACGGAGCUUUCUCCAUCAGAGCAGUACAAGGCCAUGGUUUUAGUAGGAUUACGACCCGAGACAGUCCUGGAUAUCAGUCAUCGAGCACUGGCGUUUUGGACGUAUCAGGUAAACCAAGAAAGGCGGCUGAUGGAGUGCAGUUUGUCUCGGGCUGAGGUACAAGUAGUUCAGAUGGAGAAGGUGAUUGCUCAGCAGAACCAAACCAGAGAGCUCGAGAUAAACGCACUGAGAGAGGAGAUUGCAUCACUGAACAAGAGGCUGGUCGACUAUAAACAAAAGUACAGUGAGGUUUCAGAGCUUUUGAUUAAGAAGAAUAGACAAUAUCAGAAGCUUCAGGGGCUGUUUGAGGCAUUGCGGCUGCGUCCCAGGUCAGCUGGCUCAAGAGAUGGACUGCACCAUGCAUCUCAAGCCUUUGCCACAGGACUGGUUAGACAGCACUCACCCCAUGGCAGUCCUCCUUUCCUAUCUGUGGGAUCAGAGGGUGACAGGCUCUUUUCUGUAGAACCAGAGAGCUUUAAGAGCUUUUUCCAGUUUAAUUCUUCUCCAAGAGACAAAAGUAAUUCCUUUAUGAAGAAAAAUUGAUUACAGUGCAAUAAUGUAUGUUGUGACAUGCAUUUGUAGUUUCCCCAUAUGUGAUUGUCCAAGUAAUUUACAUGUGUAUAUUUUCCCUAUGUUGAAUAUUUCAGUGUUCUUUGGGUUACCUAGUAUGUACAAAUAACAGAGCAGUUAAAAGUAAAAAAGAAAUCUACAGUAUGAAUAUUCCUAAACUGGUAAAACUGUUAUCACAUACACAUGCAAAGUAGGUAUUAGUAAACAUUUGAAUACA